CUGAGAUUGCUAAAGAAUCAACGGGGCUAAGCCGGCUGUAAUUGUACAGAAUACGGCACAGCUUCUGCACUGUCAUUCGACUGGAACCAGCAAAAAGAAGAACCAAAGAAGUGAACCAAACCAGUGAAAAUAGGAACCUCUUACCCAAUGCCAUGAAGCCUCUCCACCUCAUCAUCAUUUCUGUAAUGUUGAGUGCUCUUGUCGCAGACACUACAUCAACUCACCAUUGGCAGAAGCAGAACAGGCUAACGAGCAAAACUAAAUAUGGACAUAAAGGUUGUAACUGUUUAAAUGGAGGGAACUGCAUCAGGUUCCACAUGUUUUCUCGAAUCCCACGCUGCUUCUGCGCAAAAGGAUAUACUGGCGAUCACUGUGAAAUAGAUGCUGAAAGUGCCUGUUAUACAAGCAAUGGGGAGGAUUACAGAGGGACAGUGUCAGUGAAUCAGAACAAUGAAUACUGCAUGUCUUGGGAUGCCUUUGGGCUACAGAGAUUCCCUUACAAUGAUGGCAUGGAGAAUGCCAUGGAGCUUGGAUUAGGCAAACACAACUACUGCAGAAACCCCAAUGGCCAAUCUAAACCAUGGUGUUACAUCAAGAAGGGAUAUCGAACUUCUUCAACGCCCUGUAAGAUACCCACCUGUAAAAAACAAUCCACAUGUGGUCAGAAGAGCAUUAGCAAAGCCUUUAAGAUAGUAGGUGGACAUAAGGCAAACAUUGAGUCUCAGCCUUGGAUUGCAAGCAUCUUCCAUUCCCAUAGGGAUGGUGCUACAAGUCGGUUUACUUGUGGUGGUAGCCUCAUUGAUCCAUGUUGGGUCCUUACAGCAGCACAUUGUUUCGCUAGCAACAAUCCCAGCACAUCUAGGUACACUGUUUUUCUCGGAAAGUCUGCAGUGAAUGCUACUGAUGCAAAUGAGCAAAAAUUUAAUGUGGAUAGGAUUAUCAUUCAUGAGGCAUUUUCACAAGAAGCACUGGACUACAACAAUGACAUUGCCUUAAUAAGGAUCAGAUCAUCUUCUGGGCAGUGUGCAGAAGAGACAAACACUGUCAAAACCAUCUGUUUGCCUUCUCAAGGCUUAUCACUGAGAGAGAAUUUCCAAUGUGAAGUUUCUGGCUAUGGAAAAGAAAACAAGACUAACAUUUACUACUCACGGAUUCUGAAAUCAACUAACGUGCGCUUGAUAUCCCAGACCUUGUGUCAGAACUACUAUGAAGGUCGUACGGUGAAUGAGAACAUGUUCUGUGCUGGGGACCCACAGUGGAAAACUGAUUCAUGCAGUGGAGACUCUGGUGGUCCCUUUGUUUGUGAGUCCAAUGACAGGAUGGUGCUCUAUGGGAUUGUCAGCUGGGGUGAAGGCUGUUCUCAGAAAGGGAAGCCUGGAGUCUACACAAGGGUCACACAAUACCUCCCUUGGAUCGAAACUCACAUGAAUGGACUCCAUUUCAGAAGUUACUUCCCUCCUAAAUGAAGAUGGGGACUGUCUUUGCAACAUGGAGCCUUGGUGUUAACCAUAAUUCCAAACUCGUGGAAACUGAGCCAAAUAAUGUCACAGUGUAACCCUUUCCCUUUAAAGGCCACCUUUUUAGAGUUCUCAUGGGGUUAUUUUUAACGUUCAUGUCAUUUUGUCAGAGGCAGAAAUCUCCAGCCACUGUGAAUAAUACAAAAACUGUCCCAUGGGAAAACAUGAGAAUAUUUAACAUUUAAAUAAGAAGUGUUUUGCCAAUUAACAUAAUCUAUAUGUGUCACAUUAUCUACAGGAAUCAGUAUUAUACUAUGCCAGUAGAUUUUUUGGUAAGUUUUUUAAAAUCAGCAAUUAACUGACCACUAGUUGGUGCCAUCCAGAAAAACACAGUUGCCUCAUUGAACUGAGUGGGAUUUAAGUAUUUAACAGUAUUGCCCUGUUGAUUUCAAAGGCCCUUCUGUGCUUUUGAUGUUCACUGCCAGUUUUUAUUUAUUUUUUAAUCUAAUGGAUAACUUUUUUAAAAAUAAUAAUCAUGUUGAAGAUGCAAGCCAGCAGCCAUUGUGACCUGGAAACAAGCGUUAGGAUAAUAAAAAGUGAAAACUGCAAGAGUUCAAUGGGUGCUGAUGAACAUUCCACUUUCUACCUAAAGAAUAUGGAAGCAAAUAGAUACAAGGAGACAUCUUGAAAUUAUUGCUAGUUUUAUUCUGAUCAUACAUCACAUGUUUUGCUGUUUUUAGUUCAUAUCCUCACCACGAUGCCAGAGGGACCAUUCUAACAUACAUGUAAUUGAGGUCCAGAAACUGUGAGUUUGCUCCAGGGCCAACCUAGGACAUUUUUCCAUCCCCAGGUAGUUGCAUCAUACAAUCUGAGAGAUUUGCAAUGUUGCAAGGGUCGCUGAAAGAUCACUUACAGAUUGCCUGCUGCUUCACUGGCAUCCCUAAGAUACUGUCACCCCAAGCGCAGGGCUUGGAUUGGUUCUACAAUCAAGCCAGUCCUGCUUGUGUGAGGUCACUCAGUGAGUUCAUAGAUAUGCAGGGAACUGAGCAUAGGUCUCCCACAUCAAAAUCCCACAAGGCCAUAGAGCAGAAGGUUCUUGAUAAUAACCUUGGGCAAGGGCUCCAGUGCAAACCCCACUGAGAUUAAUUGGAGCUGAGCUUGAAAAAUAAUACGUUGAAUCUCAGUUACAAAUUUUAACUUACGUAGAUUUUAAUUUUUUUUAAGAAAAGAAAAGAAGCAGCAGUAUAGAUUCAAGGGUUAGUCACCUCUGGCAUAGUGUAAAUACAACUCCACAGGAACGGAUGAGAUUCAUGAGAUAAGAGUGCUGUGUUUUAAUAUGGUUAAUGAAUGAAUGUAUUUCUGCAAAACCCAGCAGUACGUACCUCCAUGUUGGCAUCCCGUGUUCCUUUCUUAUGGGCUGUUCCUAUCAUAUUUGUUUGAUUCUGUGUAGAACCAUGAUAGGAGUUCUUCUGUCAUUGUCUUAUUAUAAGUGGUGGGUGAGAGCUAGGAAUGCUUGAAACUCUGAGCAAACUAUAAUUCCCAGAAUUCUGUGGGGCAAGCCAUGACAGUUAAACUAUUAUGAAACCAAUGUAAGUUGGUAACAUGGUUUUGAUCAUAGUCAUACUGUCAGGCUCUUUCAUUCUCAGGGAUUCUCAUUUCUGAAAGCCUUUCUGCUACCUCUUACUGAGUUUGGGAAGUCUUCUAUAGUCACACUCUGAACUGGGAUGGACUUCAGCAAACAUGGACCAUAGGUGGCCUCUCAUAAUGAAGAACAUUUGUAAUAUAUUGUUUGACAAUUGGCAAUGCACUUAUUUUCUAAGACUCAAUUAGUAGUAACUUUUUAAAAUAUGGUUUUAUUCAAUGAAUAUGUAAUAUAUGUGUGGGGGCUGGAACCCCUUUUGUUAUUUAAUAAUUUUACUUUGUUUAACUUAUUGUUUAUAAACUCUGGUUUUAAAAAGCUAAUAAAAUAUUGCUGUUA